AUAUGCGAUCAUAUGAAAAGUAAAAACAAUCCUCCAUUUUCCGAAGGUUUACAAGAUGUAAAAUGUAGCGGACGUUCGCACUCUGUACUGCGCUGUGACUAUUGUUACAUUGACGACCCAGUGAUGGAGGGAUCUGCUAGUACCGUGGUGGUCACGGAACUUGGGCACAGCGUUAAGCAAGCUGACCUGGAGAAGAGAUUUCAGAAAGUCGGGCACAUUCUGGGCAGCGAAGUGAGGCCGGACAGGGGUACCGGUAUCGUGGUUUUCAAAACCCCAGAGGAGGCACAGAGGGCCAUACAGCAGUUCAGCGAAGUACAGAAUGGCGAUCCGAUGAGGGUCCAGUCUGCUGAGAUGUUCUACAAAGAUCAGGCCAAGCAAAGAGAUGGAGACUUCCAAGAGUUGGUGCACGAAGCCGAACAGCUUUACAGGACACAGCCACGAACGAGAGGAAUGGAACCUUUCGAGAAUAACAGAGCGUGGCAGGUGUGGAAGGCGGAAAUCAUGAAAUCCCGGGGGAGCGGCGGGGGGCUUGGGGGUAAGGGCGGAGGGUUUGGGAUAUUUAAAGGUCAGGACGGACAGCCUGGAGGGAGCGGUCCCGGCGGUGAAGGCGGUGCAGGGGGUAAAGGAGGGUCGUUUUUUGAUGGUAUCAGAUCGUGGUGGUCUAACGACAAGACUGCGCAGACACAGGAUACGACAGCCACACAGGGAGCAAUACCGCCCGAUGGUGCAACAGGAGGGGGUGGAGCAGGGGGUAAAGGUGGAAGUGGAUUAUUUGGUUUCUUCAAAGGAAAGGACGGUGAACCGGGGGAGCCUGGGCCCAAUGGGCGUGGAGGGAAGGGAGGUGGGAGUUCCCUGUAAUUACUACGUAUAUUUGAUGGACAUUUCGAGUCAAAUUAUAAAUUGGACAAAUGGUGAAGUUUAUUAACGAUACAUUUUGUCUUGUUCAGACAUUUACUUUAAUGUUGAUGGUUUCUGUUGGAAUUGUUGUUUUGUAUUAAAAUAUUGACACAUA